CUUGCCUGUGAUGUCAAGGAGUAUUUACUAUAAACAAAGAUCGUUACCAACAGGGCAGGAUCACAGAGCGUCUGGAUUCAAUGGGGAACUGUGUGUCAGUCAACAAAAAGAAGGUUGUACCAAAGAAGCAAAUUACAUUAGCUAUCGUAGGAUUAGAUAAUGCAGGGAAGACAACUCUAUCUUCUGUUCUCUUAGGCGAAAAACCUGACCCUGACCUUGCUCCUACUGUUGGAUUCCGCAAUGUCAAGUUCACCAAUUCAAACUGUGAUGUGACCGUCUUUGAUGUUGGCGGUGGGAAGAACAUCCGGCCCAUCUGGAAAAACUACUUUGCUGAAGUUUACGGGCUAAUGUUUGUGAUUGAUUCGACCUCCGAGUCUCGCCUGAAGGAAGCUAGAGAUGUUUUCAAAGAAACGCUGAGCAACACAAAAGUAGCUGGAAAACCUGUUUUAAUAUUGGCUAAUAAAGUGGAUAAAGAACACAUGAAGGAAACAGAAAUAGUUCGAGGACUGGACAUAGAAAAAACUGUCAACAGCAACAAUUGUCCUUCCAAGAUGGUGAUGGUGUCUGCACUGAAAGGUGUUGGUGCCAAGAUGGACAAGGAAAUAUCCGAAGGCUUGACCUGGCUUCUGAAUGAGAUCAAGAAAUCAUGGGAGACUCUCUCUCCCAGAGUCCAGGAAGACAUGGCAGCCCAGGCUCAAGCCCAAGAGAAGGAAAGAGAGGAAAGAAAGGCCAGAGUAAAGAAGCAAAGAGAAGAAAGAGAAAAAGCAGAGGAGUUGGAGAGAACUGCUCGGGGUUUGCCAAAGAAAGCAGAAAGUGAUGAGGAAGAUUUUGUAGAUGGGAACCCAUUCAAAGCUCUGGAUCUGGCCCAGUUGGAAAAGAAGGAAAGAAUGUUAAAAGCUGAGAAACACUCAAAAGACAAAAAAUUGAAUGCGUUAGAUCGUGGCGAUGGGCUAAGAAAAAGUAUGGGUGACCCCAUUAUUAGACGGAGGAGUCUAGAUAGUUCAAAUACUAAAAGAAGCCUUGACGAUCUAGAUAUUAUUAGAUCUACCAACCACAGCCCAGAAAAGCUUAAAGCAGGCCCCAAAAUGGGACUGACAAGUUACGACCUAGAAGAUAGCAGGGCCACGAGAGGAGGAAAUAACAGUGAAGUCAAGCUUGGUGCCUUGAGUUUAUUUGGGCGAAACACCCGCGGCCAGGCCCUGCCUCCCUUAUCGCAACUCCCGCCAGAGAGUAGUGAUAAAAAAUUCAGAAAGAAAAAAAAGAGACUGACUGAUUACAACCUGCCCGCCAACAGUGACGAUGACACAAACAACAAGGAGAACAGCUCUUGGAACUCUGGGCUCUUCCUUCACGAGCCUGGGCUCUUUAGUCGAGAGUCAGAAGUGCAUGAGCUAACCCCUCGCAUGACCAAGCCAAAAAUCAGUAAAAUAGUCAACACUAGCAAGAUAGAUGAAGAGGAGGAAAGUUAUUCUAAUCAAGAUACAUAUGACUCUAGGAAACUAGGGCGCAAUAGUGAUUUCAGCCGCAACCAUCUUACCAUAAGGUCAUCGCAAUUUGAUAGUAAACUAGGUAAAGAAAACAGUCAAAAAGGGUAUGAGACUUUCCCACGUGAUUUAGACCGGGAGGAUUCCAUGUAUCGUAGAACUCUGAAACACAUCAGUCCUCCCAGCCUUAAGAGGUUCGAUGAGGAGAAGGAGGGUGAGAGCAGUACAGAGAGGGAUGACCUUGAGGAGGUCAGUGAUGACAACGGAGAUAGGUUUGUUUCGUACCAAAACCGACGUAACCUGAAUCUAGCAAAACAAACAAAGAGUAAUCAGAUAAAAAGUAAAAAGAAACCGAUUUCUAGGGAGAUGGAUGAUGAUGAUGAUGAGGAAGCGGAUGGGGGCUACUCACAGAGCAGUAUCCUAAAAGACACACUCCGGUUCCCUCGCAGUCCGAGAUACGAUGACGAUGCAUCAUCUAGGGACAACGACGAGUCCCCAAGAGAUCUGCACAAAGAGAUCAGAGAUGUACAGCAGCUCUAUAGCAGUGGACUUCUAAAUGGACACUCCAGUUCUCAGGUCAAGAGAGGACUCAGUGAAACGCCUACAAAGAAAAGCUCUGAUACCAAAAAUAAAGAUGAUAAAUUUGGAAAAGUGGAUCAGUCGAACAGACCUGAGACACGUAGGAAAAAGAAGCGCAGCAUCUUUCGUUCCAAUAAAUUGGCACCUUCGGAUGAUGAUGCAGAUUCCACGGUGAGUGACAGGCUUGGCUCUCCACGCCUGGUUCAACAGGCAACAAAACAUGACAGUCUGGCCAGACUCGGCAAUGCACGGUCUACACAGUUUCAUAACAAUGUUCCUAAGGAGCAAGACUUCUCAGCCAAAUGGGGUCUUGCAGAGGAAUUGCCUGUCAUUGAGGAUGACUACACCGUCAGAAGGAUUCCAAAUUUUGAUGACAGUGAUGCCGAUGAUAUUGUUUUUUAAUGUUGUUUUUUUUUUAAAUGAAAUUUUCAUGUUAAAUUUAUGGACAGAAAAAAAACUUUCUCCAAAGAUUGUUAAUUUAUUAUUCCAGUAAAUGUCACUAAACUAUUUAAAAAGUGUAAAAUGUAUUUCUUUUGUAUCAAAUCUUUAAGUUGAUUAUUUUUGUUAAUGAUGCCAUUACAAAUCUAUGUAAAGCCAUUAACAUAAAUAACUUGCAAACCCCCCCCCCCUUUUUUUUUUUACUGAAAUUCACUCAAUAUCAUGACCUGUGUCCAAAAAAAAGUUUAAACCUCGACUAGUCUAUUUAUAGCCUAUGUAUUUAUAUUGGAUUAGGACAGGAAGUUGUUUGCUUGUUUGUUUUAGACGUUCCUUCAAAAAUGAAAAUUAUUAUUUCCUAGCCUUAACUUCCUGCAGGUCGGCAGGCGAUUUGGUUCAACUCUGGACUAUCGUGGUAACAGUCCAAAGGGCAUGCCAAAUGUCUCCAAGAAGUACAUAGAAACCUAAUUCAUAAAGCACUGGUUGUGUGUUUUGUGUGUGAAUGUUGUUCCGUGUUUGCUCCUAUACUGUUAUUGUUAUAGCAGUUAUGCUGAGGUGGACCAUUGUAGUCAAACUGAUUUUCCAUUCGUUUGGACCAUUAAAAUGAUCUUAUCUUAUCUUAUUCAUGGGUGUUAUGAAGUAAUACUGUGGCCAAGGGAGACCAUCAUUUUAACUUCUGGCUUACAAUUAGAAAUCAAUUUAGCUCACUUCUGGCAUUUAUCAAACUCUGUACCAAUCAGUGUGAGCCAUAAUUGCAAUCAAGGUUCCAGAAAAUGAAUCAUUUUGUAUAAAUGUAUUUUUUUUCUUCACUUCUUGUGAUAAAGUCCAAAGUGUGAUAAAUGUCUAACUUUAGGGUAAGGGUAUUAUCAAAAGUUUUAUCCUAAAAAAUCUAAAACUAAUGUUCCUCUUUGUUCUUAUAAUAAAUCAGGAAUUUAAGAUUGCCUCCUUGUGAUAUGAAUCCUCUUUGCCUUAUAACUUGAUAACAUUUGUUCAAUUAUUUCAAUGAUUGCCAUUAGAGAAUGGAAUGGGUUGCCUGAGUCAGCCAGGAAAACCAACGACUUAGCAGAGUUUCAGUAAACUGAUUAACAUGCAUGACUAGAUGGACACGUGAAAUGUGUAGGAUGUAAUUAUCUUCUUUUUUGAAGUAACGUCUGUAAUAUUCUGUAAUAUAUAAGAUAAGAUUGGUUUUCCAAUCAAGUGUCAGGCACAAUAUUUCUAACUAUCAGUUUUGUGAAUGUAGGCUUUUUUUUGAAGAUUGGUGAAUCUUUUUUUUUUUUGGAAGAUUGGUUUUCCAAUCAAGUGUCAGGUACAAUAUUUCUAACUAUCAGUUUUGUGAAUCUAGGUUUUUUUUUUUUUGGAAGAUUGGUUUUCCAAUCAAGUGUCAGGUACAAUAUUUCUAACUAUCAGUUUUGUGAAUCUAGGUUUUUUUUUUGGAAGAUUGGUUUUCCAAUCAAGUGUCAUGUACAAUAUUUCUAACUAUCAGUUUUGUGAAUCUAGGUUGUUUUUUUUUAGAAGAUUGGUUUUCCAAUCAAGUGUCAGGUACAAUAUUUCUAACUAUCAGUUUUGUGAAUCUAGGUUUUUUUUUUUGGAAGAUUGGUUUUCCAAUCAAGUGUCAGGUACAAUAUUUCUAACUAUCAGUUUUGUGAAUCUAGGUUGUUUUUUUUUUAGAAGAUUGGUUUUCCAAUCAAGUGUCAAGCACAAUAUUUCUAACUAUCAGUUUUGUGAAUCUAGGUUUAUUUUUGGAAGAUUGGUUUUCCAAUCAAGUGUCAGGUACAAUAUUUCUAACUAUCAGUUUUGUGAAUCUAGGUUGUUUUUUUUUAGAAGAUUGGUUUUCCAAUCAAGUGUCAGGUACAAUAUUUCUAACUAUCAGUUUUGUGAAUCUAGGUUGUUUUUUUUUAGAAGAUUGGUUUUCCAAUCAAGUGUCAAGCACAAUAUUUCUAACUAUCAGUUUUGUGAAUCUAGGUUUAUUUUUGGAAGAUUGGUUUUCCAAUCAAGUGUCAGGUACAAUAUUUCUAACUAUCAGUUUUGUGAAUCUAGGUUGUUUUUUUUUAGAAGAUUGGUUUUCCAAUCAAGUGUCAGGUACAAUAUUUCUAACUAUCAGUUUUGUGAAUCUAGGUGUUUUUUUUUUUUGGAAGAUUGGUUUUCCAAUCAAGUGUCUGGUACAUUAUUUCUAACUAUCAGUUUUGUGAAUCUAGGUUUUUUUUGGACUCAAGAACAGUGCACUUGAUUUUCUCUUUGACUUAGAUUGUUUUUUGGAUUCAUUCUUGAUUUUGACAGUUGAAGUUUGAACUGAGACUAUCUACCCAUCAAGUGAAUCUUUACAGCCCUUGGGAGCAUGUUUUUGGCUUAAAAUAUGGAGAGCCUAAUGGCUGUAAAGAUUCACUUUGCAUGAUGGGAACACAGAUAAAUGACCUUUGGCCUUUAAAAAAUCUUUAUUAAUUAAGAGAAAAGGAUGAGAAUGUUCUUAGUAUGUUUAUAAUUUAUUGUUGAUUCUUAAUUUAAAUAAGAGAUUUUAUUUUUAUCAUUUCUCAUAGACUACAUUAAUUCCCUAUAGACUCUGUAUUCUAUACAUUUCCAGUUAUCUCCCAAUGACUACACAUUUUUUAAAUAAAAAACUCUCAUAGACUACAUUAAUUCCCUAUAGACUCUGUAUUCUAUACAUUUCCAGUUAUCUCCCAAUGACUACACAUUUUUAAAAUAAAAAACUCUCAUAGACUACAUUAAUUCCCUAUAGACUCUGUAUUCUAUACAUUUCCAGUUAUCUCCCAAUGACUACACAUUUUUUAAAUUAAAAAAAGAAAAAGAAGUUUACAAAAGAACUCAAAAUAAUGCUAGGACAAAUUUGUACAAAAGCUUCUUCUUCCCGAGUGCUAUUAGUGCAUGGAAUGGGUUGCCUGACUCAGCAAUGAAAAUUAAUGACUUGCCAGAGUUUUAGUCAUUGAUUAAUAUGCUUCACAAGAUUGAUCUAGGGAUAUGUGUAGGAUGUAAUCAUUUUCUUUUUUGAAGUAAUGUCUGGAUCUUAUAAGAUAAGAUAAGCUUUUAAUUCACAGUCUAAUACGACCAACAACUUUAUAAUAUAAAUCUAGCUUGCCUUGCUCUGUUUUUUAAUAUAAAAGUACCAGUAAUAUAAUCAUUUCUAAAGUGGGGAAGAAGAGGAAACUGUGCCUCAUAUUCUGUUUGACUGCCCCAGACUUGCUGAUCACCGUCUCGACAGGUCUGGGAAACCCAAAAUUCUCGAUCUCGACAUUUAUGCACUACGCAAGACAGCGGGCUUUCUGUCCAGGGCUUUUGCAAGAGAGGAUUUGAGCCUCUCAAGCCCUCACUCUAAUGUAGUUUGAUGAUGAUGAUGAUGAUGAUGAAAGGUUAUUCUGACUUAAUUUUCACCAAAUUGAAGAGAAACAUUUUAUAUUCAGGAGUUUCUGUUGAUUCAGUUCAGAGUUUCAAAGUUGGCAGCACUGCUUGUAAUAGAGUGGCCUUGCCCUUGACCUCAUUAUAUUAUUUUGAAGUAGAACAAAUAUAUUUUUCCCCCCAUUAAAUGAUUAUUUAAUGUAACUGUACUCAAAUAUCAAACAUAUUUCAUGAUUAACUUAUUAUUAUAUUUUGCGACUAUUGUUUGUUGCUCUCAGUAAGGUCAUGGUCCGUCCAUUGCGUGUACAUAUAUACUGAAGUAAUUUAUUUAAACUUAUAGUCCAAUUUUAAUUAAUUAUUUUUAAUGAGAUUCAUCUCAACAUGCUGUAUUCAUAACAGCGGUGUGCUGAUAAUAUUCCAACUGGUUUGGUAUUUUCGAUUUCGCUUUCAGAAUUCUGCUAUACCAUAUGUAUUCGUUUUUACUUCAUCUACAAACAGUUGGUUUAAUUAAUUAUAUAUAUUAUUAAUUUUUUUUUUGUAUCUUUAGCUAUUAACAUUUCAAUAGCUAUUCAAGUUUAUUCUGUGCUUUUUUCUCCAGUUUUAUUUGUAUCAACUGUUUGUCCAGUAAAUAAAAAAAAAUUAGUUCUGAGAAUUAGUUAAAACCAGUUUCAGCACACCGCUGAUUUUUUAAUAGAAAGUUGGGGCCUAUAUAACUAUAAACUGAGACUGUAACAUGGCACUAUUUCAUAGUAAUGUAACCUAACAAAAUACAUAACACUGUAACAUAUACUGUCUCAUGUUACUAUGAUACUCCAUCUUGGUACAUAACAUGUGUCCUCCUGUUUCCUGAUAAUUCUUACUUGAUUGACAAAACAGAUCAUUUCUUAAGUAUGACUUUAAACUGGCAUUCCUUACUAUAUUAUGUCACAGUUUAAAAUUUUGUUGAUAAUAAGAAUCUCAUGUUACAAUUUAAAUUUUCUUGAUUAGGAGAAUCUUAUUUUAUUUCCUUGCAUUGAGAGUUGUACAAAACACUCAGGAAUUAGUAUGAAGAAAAAAAUCUGGCCCCUUUUUUUUUAUAUGCAUUUUGAUAAAGAUCUCAGUUGCUCAGCUUGUACAUAUAUACCAAAAAAAAAAAAAAAGAUUUGUACCAUAAAAUCUUGGUAUCAAAUAAUGUGAUGAUCUUCAUUGCCCCUGGGUAAUUUUCUUAAAAGUAGCAGUACCUUGUAGUGCAUUAUGAGAAUACUGAAUGUGUCAGCUGAAUGAUACUCAUAUAGAUCUACAUGUUUAAAUUAAGGUGCACUCUAUUUACAUUUAAACAUAACAAAACUGUUCACAUUUCUUACAAAAUGUCUGUUGUAAAAUGGUCAUAAUAUGUGAUAUUAUUUCUUUCUUCACUAAGAUAUCUUACAAAAUAUAACAAUUAAUAAAUAUUUAAAGCUAUUAAAUUAGACUUUACACUAAAUCAGU